UUUUUUUUUCCAAGUAUUUAUUUAAUAUGAGCUCUGUUGAAGAAGCUCUAACUCCUCAACAAGUAACUGAAACAGUGAUCAAUACCAAUGAUAGUGUAAAUAAUGAAGCUUCAAGCUCUUCAAAACAAAAAGCUGAGAAAACAAAAAAACACAAUAAUAGAGGUAGAAAUAAAAAAAAGAAUCCAAAUGUCCUGAAUGCUACGGAAGCAGGUACACCUAAAAAGGAGAAUACUACUAAAGAUAAAUCGACAAAUAAGAAACAUAAACGAAAAACAGAGCCUUCUGAUCCCUCUUCUAGUAACGAGACAAAACCAAUUGCUCGUAUAACUAAAAAUAGAGCUCAAGGUCGUUUAACUGAUCCUCAAGAUGAUGCUAAAAGUGAUUCCUCUACUAAGCAUAAGAAAAAGGAAAAUAAAUCUCGAAAAAAUAAGCAGACUAAAUCAUUACCUGCUGGUGAUCAUGACAUGGCAACCCUCCUAAGUCAUGAACUGAAAACCUCAACAUAUGAAUGCAUGAUUUGUAUGGACGUUAUAAGAGCAGCUCAUCCUAUAUGGAGUUGUGAUUGUUGUUGGGCCAUGUUCCAUUUAGAUUGUAUUCAAACAUGGGCUACAAGAUCGUUGAAAGAUACCUCGACUAAUAAAAUGAUUACUGGUUGGAGAUGUCCCGGUUGUCAAAAUAGUCGUACAGCCAUACCUCGAGAUUAUCUCUGUUUUUGUGGUAAACAGCGAAAUCCAGAAAGUUCAAGAUAUAGUACACCACACAGUUGUGAUAAGCUUUGCAAAAAGCAUAAGAAUUGUCCACAUAAAUGUGUAUUACCUUGUCAUCCUGGCCCUUGUCCACCAUGUAGUUCUAUGGGUCCAGUUUUAACAUGUUAUUGUGGUCGUACUACUCGUCAGUCAAGAUGUAUAGAAACAGAUUACUCCACUAAAGGAUUCUCUUGUGCUGAUAUUUGCGAUGAAUUGCUUGGAUGCGGUAAGCACAGAUGUGAGGAUGAAUGUCAUGCUGGUAUUUGUCCUCCUUGUGAAUUACAAGAAGUUCAAUCUUGUUACUGUGGACGACAUGAAAGAACAGCUCGUUGUGGAAGCGGUAAACAAGUGCAAUUACGUGGACAUAUUGGAUACUAUAGCUGUACAGAAAAAUGUGAUACAGCUUAUUUGUGCGGUCAACAUUAUUGCCAAAAGUCAUGUCAUCCUUGUACUGCUAAUUCACAAGUAUGUCCCUUUGACCCUAGUGUGAUUAAAACGUGUCCUUGUGGUGCACAUACGAUUAUGGAAUUAUUGGCUGGUAAGGAACGUAUCACAUGUACUGAUCCUAUUCCUACCUGUGAAUCUGUUUGCAACAAAAUGGCUGUUUGUGGUCAUCAUUGUAUGGAAAAAUGUCAUACAGGUCCUUGUCCUCCAUGUCAAGUAACAAUAGAAGUUCUGUGUCGCUGUCAGUCAACUACAUUUGAAGAUACUUGUGCUAAUGUUUGUGAAGCUGCAGGAGGAGAACCACCUUUGUGUGAUCGUGUCUGUAGAUCAAUGCGAAAUUGUGGACGCCAUCAAUGUGGUGUUAAAUGCUGUCCUGCUAUGAAGGUGAAAGGUAAAAGAAGGCCUGGUACUGAAUUCCUUCAUGAUUGUCCUUUACAAUGCGAUCAAUUAUUAUCAUGUGGUAUUCAUCGUUGUCAAGAUAAAUGUCAUAAAGGAAAAUGUCGCCCCUGUUUAGAAGCUACUUUUGAAGACGUUACUUGCCAUUGCGGUCGUACUCGAUUAGAGCCUCCUGUUCGCUGUGGAACAAAACUUCCACCAUGUCCUCAUCCAUGUAUUCGUCCUAACCCAUGUGGACAUAUUCGAUUCUUAAAUCAUAACUGCCAUCCUGAUAAUGAGCCUUGUCCACCUUGUCCUGUGCUUAUUAAUAGACGCUGCCUUUGUGGUAAAACUGAAUUAAAGAAUGUACCUUGUUAUCGUGAAUCCCCUCGUUGUGGUCGUGUAUGUGGAAAGCCGUUGAGGUGUGGUAAACAUAUUUGUCUCAAAUCAUGCCAUAAUGGGCCUUGUCUCGAUGAAGGCGAAGAUUGUAAACAAACCUGUGGUGGCGCCAGAGGUAGUUGUGGUCAUGCUUGUCAACAAAAAUGUCAUGAAGGUUCUUGCCCUGAAGUUGAGCCUUGUACUGCUAGAAUAAAGGCCAGCUGUAAAUGUGGACAAUUAACAAUGGAAAUUCCCUGUAAUGCAACUUCUGAAUCAAGUGGAUCCAAAACUGAAUUAGAAUGUAAUGAUUUCUGUGCUAAAGUUUUGCGCAAUCGACGACUGGCUAUGGCUUUAGAUAUCAAACGUGAUGAUUAUGCCCCUGGAGCAUCCUAUGGUUCUUCACCUACUCUUUCUUUAGGAUCUGAUACAAAGAUAGCCUUAUCAUCCGAUCAUCUUGGUUAUUAUGAUGAUAGCUUACGAGAGUUCUACAAUCAGUAUCCUGUUUGGUGUCGUAACAUAGAGAUUACAUUAAUUGAGUUUGUGGAGGAUAAGGAAAAGAGAACACACCACUUCAAGCCUAUGCAUAGUGAGCAACGCCGUUUUAUUCAUCGAUAUGCUAUCCAUUUUAAUAUUGCUACUGAAGCAAUUGAUAUGGAACCUAAACGUUCCAUUAUUUUACGUAAAACAAUUGGUAUCUGUAGAGUGCCUCCUAUCUUGCUUUCUAAAGCAGCUCGUAAUCCCCAUUUGAAUCGAGCCCCGACUACUAUACAGAAUGCCGAGAUGAAUACAAAUGGACGGUCUCCCUUGAAGCAGCCUAUUAACGCAUUAUAUUUAUCUGAUAUGGCGUUUGGUUUAACUAAAUUAGAAUUAGAUGCUGAUUUAGCAAAUCUUCUUAAGAUUGAUAACGAUACUAUUCCUUUUACUUCUAAAUGGGUGAAUGAAAAUGAUGCUGUUGUUAUACCAUCUAUUAGUGAUGCAGUUUCUAUGGAUGAAAAAGAAAAAAUUAUUUGGCAAUUAAAGAAGAUUGUUAUGGGCGCCUUUACGAGUAAUACGGAUGGUUUGUCUGAGGUGAAGGCUGCUCGUGUUGAUUGUUGUUGGAUUAAUCAGAAAGGUGAAGUAACUUGGAGUGAGAAACAGUUAUCUUCAAAUACCAAACCAUCAUCCGUUACAAGCAAAACUACAUUUUAUGGCAAGACACAUUCGUUAAAUUCAUAUGACGCUUUAAAAGAUGUAGAUAAUAAUGAUGAUGAUGAUGAUGGAUGGAUGAAAGUGGGUGGUAAUAACCCUUAUAAGCCAAUUAAAGAUGCCUGGUUUGAGCCACUUAACAAAAAUGUUACUACUACAACUACUAUUUCAUCAAGCGAUGAAGAGUUGGAAACUAAAAAAUCGAUGGAAGAAGAAGAAAGGUUAUCUGUGAAAGAAGAAUGUAAUAAUUUAGAAAAUAAUACAGACACUUGUAGUAAAGAAGAUAACACUAAUUCAGAUUUAGAAGAUGAAUGGGAAACUUUAUUAGAUAAAGAUGAUUAACUAUGACU